AUGACCAACAACUCGCGCGCUGGGGAGAAGAUGAGCGUCGGCAGAUACCUGGCCACGCGGGUGACCACCCUGGUGCCACCGAUGAAUAAGGCACCGAACCCGUUCAAGGCACUGAUGCUGCUGAAUAAACAGCAAUGGCUGUUUUUCUUCAUCGCUUUCUGGGGCUGGACCUGGGAUGCUUUUGAUUUCUUCUCCGUCUCCAUCACCGUCACCCCAUUGGCCAAGUACUUUGACAAGGAAAACUCGGACAUCACUUGGGGCAUCACUCUGGUGCUGAUGUUGCGUUCCGUGGGCGCUAUCAUCUUUGGUAUCCUGUCCGAUCGCUACGGCCGGAAAUGGCCCUUUGUGGCCAACAACGUGCUUUUCAUCGUCCUGGAGCUCGGAACCGGUUUCUGUCAGACCUACAAUCAGUUUCUGGCCUGUCGCGCCCUUUUCGGCAUUGCGAUGGGCGGUCUCUACGGCAAUAUCGCAGCUACAGCCUUGGAAGAUUGUCCGGAAGACGCCCGAGGAAUUAUAUCGGGUAUGCUUCAGCAAGGCUACGCCUUUGGUUAUUUGCUGGUGACUGCCUUUGCGCGCGGCUUGGUCGAUACCACUUCUCACGGCUGGCGCCCACUCUACUGGUUCGGAGCUUGCCCGCCAGUGCUGUUCAUCAUUUUCCGUCUUUGCUUGCCAGAAACCCAGGCGUACCGCAGCCGUGAAGAAGUCCGCAAGGGCUUGGGCGGAGGAGUGGCCGGGAACUUCUUAUCCGAGGGCAAGGUUGCCCUUAAGAAUCAUUGGUUGCUGCUUUUGUACCUCGUCCUUUUAAUGACUGGCUUCAACUUUAUGUCCCACGGCUCUCAGGAUUUGUACCCGACUCUACUUGAGAAUCAAUACGAGUUCUCCGCCAACGCUGUUACCGUCACGCAAGUGGUAUCCAACCUAGGGGCCAUGACGGGAGGUACACUCUGCGGCUGGGCCAGCCAGAUAUUCGGUCGUCGAUUCUCGAUCAUUGUCAUCUGCAUUGUCGGUGGUGCUCUACUCUACCCUUACACCUUCGUCAGCUCUCACUCGAUCAUGGCGGCCGCUUUCUUCGAACAGUUUUGCGUGCAGGGUGCAUGGGGUGUCAUCCCUAUUCAUCUGAUGGAACUCUCACCCGGCCCAAUCCGCACCUUUGCGGUCGGCACAGCCUACCAACUCGGUAACCUAGUCUCGUCGGCCUCGUCGACCAUCGAAUCGACCAUCGGCGAGCGCUUCCCCCUGCCGCCAACAGCCUCGGGCUCGUCUCGCUACGACUACGGCAAGGUCAUUUGCAUUUUCAUGGGUUGCGUGUACGCGUACACCAUCAUAAUAACCUUUUUCGGCCCCGAACGUCUGGGCCGCAAGUUCGAUGCCGAGCAUGACGAGGAUUUGAACGAAGUUGCUGAGCGCAAACUUGGUGUUGACAGCAAGGCGGAUCCUGAGAAAGGCGAUUCGCAGCACAAGGAUUAG